CAUACAAGCACUGACCGUGUGAACGAAGGCGUACCUACCUGCGGGUUGCCCUGUCUUGCCUGUCUCGAACCAGGAACUACACGUACGGUCCAAUAUAUAUAUAUAUAUACGUAUACAGAGUAUGAGUCGUCCCCCGUCGGGAGCCGCCUCCGCCAACGCCACCGCUGCGGGCGAAGCAACGCUCCUGGUCGCGGAAUUCCCACCCCCACCCUUUUACUACCGAACCAUGGCUGCCACGGCGGCUUGGACGCCACCGCCGAUUCCGCAGGCGGCCUUGGAGCGCGGGACUGCGCGGGCGGCCCGCGCCGCGGCGCAGGCGAUCGCGGCCUCGGAACGGUUGCGUCAACACGGCGACGAGCGGACCGAAGACUUUCUCCGGGGCAACACAGAUGUCGAUAUGGAGGAAGAGGAGGAGGAUGGGGAUGUCGUGGCUGUCUUUGGCGAGAUUGUGGAAGAUCCCUGGCUGGUGCAGCCCACAGAUGAUUGUCAAGAUCCGAUCGUGGUACGCGACGAACUCAAGCGACUCAAUCAGCAAGUUCUAGAGACCUUCGUCAAGCUUGUGCAAGAUUUGGUACACCGACCGACGGAAAAUAAAACUACACGGGACGAACUCUCGCACCGGGUAUUUCUCAUGUUGCAGCAAUGCAACAAGUUUCGAGAGCAUCAGGCCCGCGAACUCUUGAUUGAACUGUUGGAGAAACAGCUCACGCGACGAAAAGGAUUGUUACACGAACUGGAAACGACCGUUGCCCAAGCCAACGCCAUUUUGGAACCUACCUUCCCACAGCCGGCCGUCAAGCUGGAAAAGGACGUUCCACAACGACAAUAUUGCAAAGAUAUUGAAAAGAACUUCGUCAAGGCCGAGGAGCUUCGGAAGCAAGAGGAGGAUUGGGUGCAGAUCUGGUGA